UGAAGCUCGAUAUCGAUAGCAAAAGGGGCAAAUAAAAAUAAAUCACAUUCGCGAGUGUAAUAUGAAUUAAAUGGCAGUGGCCCCCAGGUGAGGGCAUGUCAGCAGCCAUCGCAGCAGCAGUAGCAGCAGCGGUCGGAGCAGCAGCAGCCACAUUAGAGCACUAGCAAUCCAGUUCCCAGUUCCGAUUCCGAUUCCCAGCCGAACCAGACAUGAACUCCAAUUCCUGUAGCGACAGCAGCAACGAGUCAAUGGCCAAUCCGCAGAUCCAGCUGCCGAUGGGCUUUGGCCAGCAGCCGGGGAAGCAGCAGCCGCAGGAGCGCUAUGUGUGGGAGAUGAGAACCCGCAGUCCGAAUGUCACGCCGGCCAGCACCGUUCUGAACUCACCGGAUCUGAAUGCCGAGCUGCCCUACGUACCCAUGCAGGGGCAGAGUCCCUCCGUGGGUGGCGGCGGUCAAGGACUAACCGGCUACGGGCUCUCUUCGGGCCGAGACUCUGGCAGUUACUACUACCAGCGGCCGCACUUGCACCAGAUCCGACUGGGAAGGAGUCCGGGCAGCCAGUUCGAGUCCCGGGAUGCCCUGCCCCAGGGACUGACCAGUCCCGGAUCGCCCACGGAUGUGGGCAAGGCGGACGGACAGUGCCUGAGGGAUGGCGAGAUCGUGGUGUUCGAUGACAUCGACACCAAUUGGAUGAACAAGGCGUCGAGUGGACAGCGUCCGCUGGGCAGCAACGAGGAUGUCCUCAAGGUGACCAAGAUGAUUGGCCAGCUGCCCAUUGCCGAGUACGAGGGAUCUCCGCGUCGCUUUGGCGGAAAUCAGCCGAACAGCGUUCCCCCACGGAAGCGUCCGCCGGGAUUUCCCCAAAGGGUUUCGCCCACAACCAGCAGCAAUCACACUGCAGCCAAGGCGUCCGUGGGCAACCUCAUUGACCUGAUUGACCACGAGGAUCACGAGGAUCGAGGCGCCAGAACGGUGCGGGAGGAGAAGACCCCAACAUUCGAUUACCUGUACGAGUUCUCGGAGACGCGCAAGGUGCUGGAGGAGUUCUUCAAGGCCAAUCCGGAGGACGAGAAGCGCUUCACGGACUACACCACAGAGAGUGGCGACGAUGUGGCCAGUUCGCAACAGGAGUACCCAAGCACUCCCAUGGAGCAGGCGUACAUUGGCCAGCGUCUGGCGAGGAUUCCCCCAAAGGACGAUGAGCUGUUCCUGGUGCACAGAUCGCCCAGCAAAAGGCCAGCACCCAGUGACCCGAAUGCAUCGCUGCAGAAUCCCUACCAGGAGCAGCACAACGACAUUGAGCUGUACAUUGAUUCGAAUAGUCGCAGCAGCGGCGAUCUGGCCGACACCGAGCUGGAGGCCAAUCUGAGGCGACACUCGCGAAACUUCACCCUGUCCCCGGAGACCACGGACUACGACUCGAACUGCGGCGAUCUGGACAGCUUGUCCAACGACAUCAACUGCCCCACGGACUAUGGCAAGCUGUACACGAGUAUGCCGGUGCUGGAGGACGGCCUGAGCAGCGGCCAUGCCUCCGAUACCGAGAACAAUGUGUCGGUGAUUUGCGAUAAGCAGUCCCAGUCCCAGUCGCAUUCCCAAUCCCAGCCAGCGGUCCUGGAGCACAACGGGAACGGGGGGGAGCGACUGGAGAACGAGUACAAUGCCAUGAGUGCCAGCAUGGCCACGCUGACCACAGAUGCCUCCCAAUCGGCGCUGAUAAGUGACUUUGCCUCGCUGCCCAUGCCCAUGCCCCCGGGACCGUCGCCGCCCCAAAUAGAGAUUGCGGAUCCCAGCGAGUCGGUGGUCAUACCCUCGGAUGGCGAGAACCCCCUGGACAGUCACUACGGCGCGGUGUAUGCAGCGGCUCUGGGCGGAGACUCGGGAUCGGUUGUGGAGAAAUCAGGACAGCCGCAGCCACAGCCGCUGCAGGAAAUCCAGGAGGCCAUGAAGGAGAUACGCUCGGCAUUGCAGCGUGCCAAGACGCAGCCGGAGAAGCUCAAGUUUUGCGAUGAGGUCCUGCCGCCGGAUCCCGAUUCUCCGGUUUGGGUGCCGCGCAAAGGAGCGGUUCCGGCUGUUCCAACCGAGGAGGAACCGGACACGGAUCUGGAGACGGAUCGGUUGCUGGGCCAGCAGCAGCAGCAGCAGGACUUUUUUGCCGAUCAGCCUCUGGCGGCGGACAGCAAUGCGAAUGAGGACUCGGAGAUUGCCGCCAGCAAUGGUCACCUCAACAAUGGCGCCUUGGACAACAACAACCCGAAUCUGAACUCGAAUCCCGUGUGCAAUCUCAAGCCCCAUAGCUAUUCCACAUCCACCAUACGCCAAGGUAUUGGCACCUCACUGACGCCCAAUUCGCCAGACAUAUGCCAGAUUGUGGGCACGUCGGCGGCGGACAUCAGGACAUCCAUAAGCUCGCCCGAGAAGCUGCAGUAUAGCAAAAGUCCCACGGGUUCCAUCAAGUCGCUCAAGGAUUCGGCCAACUCCGACAAAAAAGCCAAGUCGCGCAACAAGGAGGGUCUUUUGGAACCCAAAGUUCUUAUCGAGGGCGUGCUGUUCCGUGCCAGAUAUCUUGGAUCGACGCAGCUGGUGUGCGAAGGCCAGCCAACCAAGUCGACCAGGAUGAUGCAGGCCGAGGAGGCCGUCUCCAGGAUCAAGGCUUUGGCUCCCGAGGGCGAGAGCCAGCCGAGCACCGAAGUGGACCUGUUCAUAUCAACCGAGAAGAUAAUGGUGCUGAACACAGACCUCAAGGAGAUCAUGAUGGACCACGCUCUGCGCACCAUAUCCUACAUAGCCGACAUCGGUGACCUGGUGGUGCUGAUGGCGCGUCGCAGAUUUGUGCCCAAUAGUGUGACAACGGAGCCCACUGUGGUGGCCAGUACCACUGGUGAUGCGGUGGUGCCGGGUGCCGAGGAUGAGUCGCCCCCCAAGGAGCAGCAGCAGCAGCACAGCAAGCACAAUAAUCGCACGCCCAAGAUGAUUUGCCACGUCUUCGAGAGCGACGAGGCGCAGUUUAUCGCCCAGUCCAUAGGACAGGCCUUCCAGGUGGCCUACAUGGAGUUCCUCAAGGCAAAUGGCAUCGAGAACGAGAGCCUGGCCAAGGAGAUGGACUACCAGGAGGUGCUCAACAGCCAGGAGAUAUUCGGCGACGAGCUGGAGAUCUUCGCCAAGAAGGAGCUCCAAAAGGAGGUGGUGGUGCCGAAGGCCAAGGGCGAAAUCCUCGGCGUGGUCAUUGUCGAGAGUGGAUGGGGCUCCAUGCUGCCAACUGUGGUGAUAGCCAAUCUAAUGUCCACCGGUGCGGCUGCCCGCUGCGGUCAGCUAAAUAUCGGUGACCAGCUGAUUGCCAUCAACGGGAUGAGCCUGGUGGGCCUGCCGCUGUCCACCUGCCAGAGCUACAUACGCAAUGCCAAGAACCAAACUGCCGUCAAGUUCACCGUUGUGCCCUGCCCGCCCGUCGUCGAGGUGAAGAUACUGCGACCCAAGGCGCUGUUCCAGCUGGGCUUCAGUGUCCAGAACGGUGUGAUCUGCAGCCUCCUGCGCGGAGGCAUCGCCGAGAGGGGCGGAGUACGAGUGGGCCACCGCAUCAUUGAGAUUAACAAUCAAAGCGUUGUGGCCGUUCCCCAUGACACCAUUGUCAAGCUGUUGUCAUCCUCAGUGGGCGAGAUCCUGAUGAAGACGAUGCCCACGUCCAUGUUUCGUUUGCUCACCGGCCAGGAAACGCCCAUCUAUAUAUAAUUAUAUAAUAUAAUAAUUUAUCUGCUCACACACCUAGCCGCACUUCUUCGCUGAAACGAAGCACACACACUGCAAAGCCGAAAAGCCACAGCAGUCGAUCAGCCUCAAGGGAAAAAUUGAACUCGAGACCUUGAUUUGGUCGAUUCAAUUGCUGUUUUCAAACAUUUGUACAUUUUUUGUAACUCAACUGGGUCUUUUUUUACAUGUUUCUGAAAUCUGUAUUCAUUAAUACAUUUAUGAGCAGUUUUAAAAUCUUCAGAAUCGAUAAAAACUAGUGAGAACGCUUGCUCGAUAAUUUAUCAAAAUGAUAACUGCCCAGAAAUCGAUAGUUAUGUUAUAUUUCAUCAAAUAUUUGUGUUAUUCAUGAGCCAAAUAGACUGUUGAUCGAUUUGUAUGACGAUUGUCUUCAUUUAGAUGGACUUUUAAGUCUGGAAAGAUUUCGAUAUCAAAGAGGAUAUAAACUUUUUUAAUUGAGAUUAUUUUUUUUUAGAAAUUAAAAGUUUAUUCAAUCUUUCAGCAAAAUGUUCUCGGUUGCAUUGCUACCUAUUUUUAUUUCCAUUCUCUGAAUAUGAAAAAGACUGAAUUUAAAGCAUGUGUGGGCGAGUGUGCGUGAGCAAACAUUGUACAAAAACCUUGAAAAAAAUGUAUCCCCAAAAAGAGUUCCCUCACCAACCCCAAUUCCCAAAUUCCCUCGCAUCCAAAAAUCAUGUAAGACAAUAGUUUAAGCGUUCGAUUGAAUUUAAUUGCAAGCAAUUUAUAUUUAUAAUAUGAUAUUUUCACAUUAUUUGUCAAGUUAAUUGUUUAGUUCUUUGACUACAUUUAUAAUUUCGAUGAAGAGAAACGAAACAAAAGACCUUAUGCCAAAAAAAGAGUUAACUUUUAAGAGAUGCAAUCAGUUGAGAUUUCGUUAAACGUUUUUUUUUUUCUUCUUAUUGUAUUAUUGUAUAAAGAGAUUGUGGAGGAUUAUUGCAAUACCGAUUACCGAAAACCGAUAUUUAUAGUUGUAUAGCCUUAGCUAACGAAGCCAUGCCUGCAGAAACAACAAACAAACCAACUAACAAAAUAAAAUGCAUUUAAAGCGCGUCAAAAACGAAGCGAAAUUUCGAUUCUAAUUGUAUAAUUGUAUGUACAAGAAAUCUGCACAUUUCCCAAUCGAUAACGAUCGAUAUAUACUCGUACGAUAAUUAAAUGCGAUAAAUCUAAAGCAGAAACAAUAAGCAAAACAGCAAAAGUAAUACGAAGAACAAUAAUUUCAGCAUUCUCCAGUUUCUGUUGAGCGAAGAUAAGGAGCCACCACACAAAUUGAAAGCUGGAAGGGAGCCCAGAGCACGAUGCAGAUGUAUAGGGUGGUAGGAUCAGUUCUUGGGAUGAAACCCAAAUACACAUGCAUCAUGGGAUAGAGUGAGGGAGAAGAGAGCUUAUUUUUGCAUAACUUAGAAGGCGAUUAAAGAAAAAGCAGCAAGCGAAAAGUAUAAAGCAAAGAACAAAUAAUAUAUUAUUUAAAUUAAUAUGUAUACAUAUGUUAUAAUUAAUCCAAAGGGAAAAACGAAGCGACUAACAAAAGAUAUUUUAAAUAUUCCAAGUGCAGGUAACAAACGCAAGUUAAUAAUAUUUAUAUAAAUAUAUACAUAAAUAAAUAAUUAAAUAUAAAACUUCUGAUCGCCAUUCGGAAGCGCAGGCGCAAUAUUUUUGCAAGACAACAAAACAUGACACACAAACACAGUACACGGCCAGAAAAAAACCCAAUUAAUACCUUCUUAAGCUACUUGCUACACAGCAAAAAAAAAAAAACGUCAAGAAACCCACAUACAACUCUCUGCUACUGCGCCUCUAACUAACUUCUAAAACCAAACACUAAUCGUAUACUACUUAAUGCAAUUUCAUUAUUAAUAUUUAACACGCAACCGAAUACAAACAAAAGCGAAAUGCAGCAAAACAAAAAUAAACUACAUUUAUACACAAAAGCAA